GUGUGACUGACCUUACCCUUUAAGUUUAAUUAUAGGCAGCAUUGGCGGAGCAGUGGGCAUUAUUGGAAGUGGAGCUGCACGGAGGAAGCUAGGGUUAACCUGCAUAAAGAAUCCAACUUGGUCAGGAUUUGAUAAGUGAAGAGAGCUUGUGAUGCAACCAUAUUUGUCUGCAUUGUAGUGUCUUGUCUGAUCCUAUGUCUGCUCUUCUGAUUGGAUACAGUAGCCCGCCUACACCACAACAAAUCACCUGGUAUCUACAAGCUAGUGGCAGCUAAGUGGACUUUGCUGCAAGUAUUACAGGGGGAUCAUAACCAUGAGCAAUUUGUUGUGCACGCCGUACUCCACUUCUGUCAAUAUUAUCGACCCUGCUCCAUCAUUGGCGGGGUUCUCAGAGGCACCUGGAAACCUACCACCAUGCGCCAAUGCAUGCGCUGAGCAAUCCCCUGCGUCAAGCACAGCACCCAGGGAGGUUCUCCGAGAGGUCAAGAUGUGCUUCAAAGUCUUCGUGCGCCAAAACAUAGCAUGUCUUGAAAGAAAGCACUAUGUGCUAGGCUUCUCGUUGCAGGAUUGCUUUGCCUUUCAUAGUGCAGAUUUAAGUGUGACUCAAACAAGAGGUGCUGCGUAUACUGGCGACCCAAAGCUUUGGAUGGUAUAUUUUGAUCCAACAAGGUGCUUGACUAUAACUGCAGCGGAUGGAGGCCCACACUUCUGCCUGCCAGUUCUAGCAGGUCUUGAAGUGUGCAACGCUCGGGAGCUCAAUGGCGACGCUUCCACUUUUGAUCCCGGAAUCCUGAAGUUGGUUAAUGCUCCUAGUGGGCGGUCAGACGAGGUUUGCAAGCGCUGGACUUUUGAGGUUCACGACGAGAGGUGAUUAUAUGAUGUUUCACUUCAAUCUCUCUGUGUCACGGAGGAUGCCUAAGCCGGACUGGACUCGGCUACGCUGCAAGAAAGCGCCUGAGACAAAGAGCGCGUUGCUAGAAACAGCAGAUCGGACAGGAGACACUGUUCUUGUAUGUGGGGAUAGCAUAGAGGCUGCGGCACACUCCGCCGUCCUGAUCGACGUGCCCUACUUUGAGGCGAAGUUGCGAGAGGAGUGGUCGGGGACGACCACCUGGAACCUGCACAACAAACUGCGCCUGCGCCUGCCUUGCCCCGCCGGAGCAGAGUCGCUCAAACUCUUCCUGCAAGGCCUGUAUGGGGACCUUCGGUCGUUGUACGAAGUGAAUCCAGAAAGUCUGUUGCUCCAGGAGGUCCUCUCGCUCGCUGACGCAUGCGGCGUCCCGGGCCUGUGCGCUGACGUCAUCCAGCUCGUGGAGGUGACGUCAGCCAACGUCGACUCUUGGCUGGAGUGGCUGCUCGUGGACCACGGGGCAGACGCCGAACCGAUCCGAGAGCAGGUCGUGCAGGUCAUGCGAGCCCAACUUCGGGAUGCCUUGCAACAGGACCCGCUCUCAGUCGAACAGCUCGCCACCAUUUCGAGGGUGCUGCCCCGACGGACAAUGCCUCAAAUUGCUUCUUGAUUCCAUUGUAGCCAAGGUACUGUCGGAAUAUUGAGGCCGAUUAUUUUGAGCGGAAGCUGUUUCUGAGUUGUCCACUACAAUCAGAAAUCAGAAUAAGUGGUUGGCAUGCAUAUACAUUGCUAACGACGUCAGGAACAGGUCAACCGCAUGUUGGAUCUUCGUGUG